GACUAUUCCAUUCCCGUCGGCUGCAGGGGCGUAGGUAAAGGGGGCUGGGGAGAGCAGGCGGAAUUUGUCCUCUGCUCAGUUCUACAUGAUUUGGGAGGCGCGAUGGAACACGUACCUACGUCCUCAACCCGGAAGAAGGGAGAGAAAGUUUAACCCCGUCGCGCCAUCGGUAGCCACCCUGAUCAUACACCCUUCUGGGCCCAGUGAGCCGGCCAGGGACGUCCUCGCGCCCCCUUAGCCUGCGGGCGUUGGAGGCAGCGGCGGCUGCGCGCUGAGCAGCUUCCUGCAGUAGGGCUCGAGCCUGGCUGCCGCUGGAACCGCGGGAAUGAUGCUCAGAAUCGUGAUAAGGCUGAUCUCCAGGAGCCAUAAGUUGGACCCACGAUGCUCUCUGCAUUUGGGCACCAGGGCAUCACAAAGCAUUGCUGUUAGUCUGGAUGCCCAGGUUCCAGGUGAGAAAUCCAGAGCCAUUUCUCGAACUCAGGAGAGUGACCCGGCCAAACAUGGAGAGCAGCACCUGUGUCAACACUACAGCAUUCCCCUGAAUGAACUGAAGAUUAUUUUCCCACAUGGACUGCCCCCUCGUUUUGGAAUGCAGGUGAAGACCUUCAAUGAAGCCUGCCUAAUGGUACGGGAGCCAGCUCUAGAGCUCCUACACUACUUGAAAAAUACAAAUUUUGCCAACCCUGCUAUCCGAUAUGUCCUCUUUGGAGAAAAGGGCACAGGAAAAACUCUUACUCUUUGCCAUGCAGUUCAUUUCUGUGCAAAACAGGACUGGCUGAUAAUGCACGUUCCAGAUGCUCACUGUUGGGUGAAAAAUUGUCGGGAUCUUCUGAAGUCUACCUACAACAAAGAACGUUAUGAUCAACCUCUGAAAGCCUCAACCUGGUUAAAGAAUUUCAAGACUUCAAAUGAGCGGUUCCUGAACCAGAUCAAAAUCCAACAGAAGUACAUCUGGAACAAACGGGAAAGCAUAGAGGAGGGCAGACCCCUUGGAGAAGUAGUUGAACAGGGCCUAAAUAGAGUGAAAAAUGCCAGUGAUGCUGUCGGGAUUGUGAUGAAAGAACUGAAAAGGCAAAGUUCUUUGGGUUCCUUCCGCCUUCUGGUGGCAGUGGAUAGUGUCAAUGCUCUCUGGGGGAGGACCACACUGAAAAAAGAAGACAAAAGCCCGGUUGCCCCAGAGGAGCUGACACUCGUUCAUAAUGUGAAAAAAAUGGUGACCAAUGAUUGGCAUGGAGGGGCUGUCGUGGUGAGUCUGAGCCAAACUGGCUCUCUCUUUAAACCCAGAGCUGCCUAUCUUCCCCAGGACUUGCUAGGAAAGGAAGGUUUUGACAACCUAGACCCCUUUGUUCCCAUCCAAGUUUACAAUUAUACCCCAAAAGAGUUUGAAAGUUGUGUUCAGUAUUAUUUGGAAAACAGGUGGCUUCAGCACAGGACAGCUCACACAGAAGAAGGAAAGAAGGAGCUGUUUUUCCUUAGUAACUCAAAUCCCUGGCAGCUAGAACGGCUCUGUGCUUAUCUCUAAGUCCUGCCCGUCUCCACGAGACCUGGUACGUGGAACGUGUUGACCUGAACCAGAAAGGAGGCAGCCAGGAUCCUCCAUCUGGAUAGAUCCCAGGGCUUGGAGUCCGCAGCAGGCCUCUAGAGCUCGGGGAAGAGUCUUCCUAAGGGCGGCCAGAUUGCCUGUCACAGUGACUGCAGCAGCUGGAGAUUCCAUCCUUGGUCUUGUCACUUGUGUCAGAAUGUGAACGUUGGACAUUGUUCUCAGAAGCAGGAUUCUAUGAUCCUUCCCUCUGUAAAAAACAAAACAAAAAAAGAGAUAAAAUUCUUUUCUUAAAAGAAUUAUGAUAUAAUAAGUACUGGCUAAGCUUUAGUGUUCAUGAUGAGUCUGUAUUGGGUAUCUGCAGGUCUUCCCUCAUUUAAAGAGAAUUCCUCGAUCAUUGUGUUUUCUGUUCACAAUUCAGUUCAAGAGGUGGAGAUGACAAGAUCCACUCCUUUUCAGCCUGCCCCUCACGUAAACUCACCCAUUUUCUUGUUUACCUUCUGCUUUCACUUUCUCUGACUAGGAUUAAAUGACUUGAAUUUUUAUAUCUGAUUUGAAUGAUUACUACAUAGAGGAAAAAAACAUAAAAAGACAGUAAGCAGCUCUCCUUCCUCUUGAUCAUAACCAAAGAUUUAGACUUUAAUGAUUUACUACUGGAAUAGGGAAGGGGUCAGGGUUCAAGGGUUCAUGCCUCAUCCAUAACCCUCUUGACUGUGGGUAUAGACUCUGCUGAGUAAGGAAUCAAAGGUACAGGGUUCAAACCCCACUUCCUGCCUCUGUAAUCUUAAGCAGGUCACUUAAAUUCGAUGGGCCUCAGUCUCCCUGUUUAUAAAAUGAAGGGGUCAGGCCAGAUGAUUAGUAAGAUAAAGUAUGAAGAGUGUCUAAAAAGCAUUCCGUGUGCCAUGGGCUCAUUCCCUCAUAAAUGCAGUGUCCAUGAAAGAAUGGACACAAAUCUAGAGUACAGUGGUAAUGAGGCACACAUGUAUAGGGAACCCGUGGUCAAAUUGGUUCUGCUGGUCCUUGUUAUCUUUUGCCUCCUUGUCAAAUCCUCCUGCUGUUCACCCUAACUCUCUCUUUCUGAUCUUCACUAUCUAUCUAUUGGCUCCUUCCCUGCUGCCUACUGAUACACUCAUGUCUUCCAACCAGUCCAGCUCUACACCAUCCUGCUCUCUUGAAUCCCUGGCCCUCUUAACAUACUGCCAAUUAUGCCCAGCCAAGCCUCAGCCUUGGAUCACUCCCACUAUUCGUCCCUUUCUGUCCCACACAAGUGCUUCUGAAUGAAGAUGGAGAAAAUCAUGCCACCAUUCUGACUGCUUCUACUACAAAUUUAUAUUAUAUAACCUCCACUGGGUCCUCACCUCUUCGAGGCAGUCCUGCUACAUCCUACAUCCCCCUCAAGGGACUGGGGAAGACUGAAGUCUGUGGGAGUACCUGAGAUUGUUUCUUAGAUGCUCAGGGAAUGGCUUGAACAAAUUGUGGUAUGUGAAUGUAAUGAAAUAUUAUUGCACCAAAAGAAAUUACACAAGAUGAUUUCAGAGAACCCUGGAGAAUAUGAACUGACAGUGAAGCAGACAGAAGCAGAAUAGUUUAUAAAAAGACAACAAUAUUGUAAGGAAAAGUAACUUGGAAAGACUUAAGAAAUCUUAGUGCCAUGACCAUGUCUCCAAAGGAACUAUGAUAAAGCAUGUUACCUCCUGACAAAUAACAGACACAAAGUACAAAGACUUAUUUUGGGACAUAGCCACCUUGUGGAAUCAUUUUUGCUUGAAUAUGUUUAUUUGUUACAGAGUUUUGUUUUUUCCUUUCUUGGUUAAUUAGAGGGGUUAGCAGUGGUGAUGCCAAAAGAAAGAGGGCCAUGUGAUAUUUUUUUUUAGUGCACGGAACAGAAGGGAUUUCAGAAGGAAGCCCGGGUAAACAUAAAGAGUUUUAAAGGGAUAUGUAUUUAUUGCAUAUAUUUUUUAAAGCAAGUAGUGUAAAAGAGAUUCAGGGUUUCAUAUGGAAUCUUUUUUGUUCUAAAAUCAAAUCAAAUCAGCUAGUUCCUCAAAAAAUAUGUACAUACAUAUUCAUAUGUAUAAAAAUACAGUAAGCUACUUGUGGGCAGAUAUCCUCUUGCUUUUUGUAUUUGUAUCACCAGCACUUAACACCAUACCUAGCAAAUAUUAAAUGCUGAGUUUUGGUUUGU